AUGGGUCUAGUCAAUUAUUCCAGUGACUCAGAGUCGGACGAUGAUUCACAGUCAGCCAAAGCUACAACUUCCGUAGAGAUAGCCAAGUCGCCAAACGAAUCCAAUGGCAUUAGCUCAGUUCUACCUGGACUUAAACGGCCAGGACCAUCGACCUUGAAUUUGCAUCCUACAAAGAAACCAAAUACCACCAGCUCUGACAAGAAAAAAAUCUUUGAAGUUCCUAGAUUACCAGGUGAAACAAAUGUUACUACUGCAACUCCCGCAACAAGUCAAUCUGCAAAUGGAAAUAGCGGACUCAAAUCUAUAGCAUCUUUCCUGCCUGCUCCCAAGAAUCGACUGAAAGAUAAGACCAAGUCCUCCUCCAAUCCCGAUAAUAGUGACAAGCAUGAUCAAACACAAACAAUGGCAUCUGAUUAUAGUGUAUUCAAGAGAACUAGUGGUAGUAGAGUCCUAGGAGGAGGUAUCAAGAACACCUUUUUUGACGGAGAGAUUUCAAUGCCAAGCGAAUCUCCUGACCUUGAUAUUGACGAGGUACCCAUCAAACAACAGCCUGAAGUUACUUUGAAAGGGAACUCUUUAAAACUCAUUCCAGCUUCUGUAGCGGCUAGAAAUGCGAAAUAUGGUAAAAAGCCAGAUGUGAAUACCGGGCUUAGUUCUUCUACUCCAACUAUUUCUUCACAAGACAGUAAAACAAAAGAAGAGAGUAAACCGAAAUCAAAACCUAUUCUGCCUUCUCUAUUCUCAUUCCAUAGAGAAGAAGAGCAACAUGUGAUGACGAACGUCGCUUCAUCCUCCGAAGAGUAUAAACCAUUGAUGCUGGAACAACCAAACGAGACCAGUAAUGGACCCGAUCCCGAGUCAAUUAGCAAUUCUGCUAACUCUGCUGGCUCAUCUGCUAAUGUGGGAACUACACUCAACCAAUUGGCAGAAGACUCAGGAGUGGGCCUCGGCCAAAUCAAUAAACUCGAGUCAAGACAUGGCAGAACGAAACGAUCCGAGCAACAAAUCCAAAUCGUAGACUUCAAUGUGGACGAGUUCUAUCAAGAAAACGAGCGACUUAAAGCUUCAGGUGCUUUGGAAGACAAUAGCAAAAACCGCGUGACAGCCAUUAGCGGGGGAAAACAUCAGCUGACGUCGCUGCUUCGCAGUGCUCAAAAGAACCGGGAUGGACUAGAAGAACAGUUCGCUCGCAACAAACAGACGAAAAACCAGGCUGGAAAGCAGUAUGGGUUCAAGUAG